UGUGAUAGACACAGACUUCCACACAGUGAAAAAAUGAAUAAACAAUAAGAAAUCUUGGAAGAAACGAGAUAACCUCUAGAUUCUUUCUAUAGCAGCCAGUUCAGCUAAAAAAAAACUUAAUAGUGGACUCAAUAGUUAAUAGUAGAUUAUCGGCUCUCCAAUGGAUAACAACGAGCUUCCAAUGAAGCGAUAUAGAAGAGAGGAAGAAGAAGGGAGUUCUAAUACAGAUGAUGAUUACGUACCAUAUGUAUCUGUUAAACACCGUAAAAAGCAAUUGCUUGCAAAAUUGGGCAAACUUGGAGAAUUGAAAGAAGAAGCUACCAAUGGUGUUGGAAAGAGUAGCAGCGAGAAUGAAAAAGAUGAUGCUGAUAAUGAUGAUGGACAAGUUUGGGGGAGAAAAUCUAACAUUUCUCUUCUUGACCAACAUACCGAAUUAAAGAAAUUGGCUGAAGCCAAAAAGGAGAGUGCUAUGGAAAAGCAAUUGAAGGAAGAAGAGAAAAUUCUAGAAAGCGUUGCUGAGAAUAAAGCUUUAAUGGGUGUGGCUGAAUUAGCCAAGGGUAUUCAAUAUAAAGAUCCUAUCAAGACCAAUUGGCAACCACCGCGAAUAAUACUCAGCUUUGGCGAGGCACGUCAUGAAAGAGUACGAAGGAAACUUAGGAUACUUGUGGAGGGUGAUGAAGUACCACCACCUUUAAAGACUUUUAAGGAAAUGAAAUUUCACAAGGGGAUCUUGUAUGGAUUAGAACAAAAAGGCAUUAUCAAGCCAACUCCAAUUCAAGUUCAAGGAAUACCUACAGUGUUGUCUGGUCGUGACAUGAUUGGUAUAGCUUCCACUGGUAGUGGUAAAACAUUAGUGUUUGUUUUACCUAUCAUUGAAUUUUGCCUGGAACAAGAAAUCGACAUGCCAUUCAUUAAGAAAGAGGGACCUUAUGGCUUGAUAAUAUGUCCUUCAAGGGAAUUAGCUAAACAAACCUAUGACAUAAUUCGACAUUACACCAAUAGCUUAAGACAAGUGGACUGUCCGGAAAUACGUUGCUGCUUGGCGAUUGGAGGUGUACCGGUUUCGGAAUCAUUAGCUAUAAUCAACAAAGGCGUGCACAUAAUGGUAGCGACACCGGGGCGACUGAUGGAUAUGUUACAUAAAAAGAUGGUCACUUUAAGUGUAUGCCGUUACCUUUGCAUGGACGAGGCAGAUCGCAUGAUAGAUAUGGGAUUUGAGGAGGAUGUGCGGACCAUAUUUUCAUUCUUCAGAGGACAAAGGCAAACGUUGUUGUUCUCUGCUACUAUGCCAAAAAGAAUUCAAAAUUUUGCGCGUUCGGCGUUAGUAAAACCUGUGACAAUAAAUGUCGGUCGUGCCGGUGCUGCAUCAAUGAACGUAAUACAGGAAGUAGAAUAUGUUAAACAAGAGGCAAAAAUUGUUUACCUCUUAGAAUGCCUUCAGAAGACUGCGCCACCAGUUUUAAUAUUCGCGGAGAAGAAGCGCGAUGUGGACGCUAUUCAUGAAUAUCUGCUCAUAAAAGGAGUGGAAGCUGUCGCGAUACACGGAGGAAUAGAUCAAGAAGAAAGAUCACGUUCGGUAGAAGCGUUUCGUGGAGGCCGAAAAGAUGUACUUGUGGCGACAGACGUCGCAUCAAAAGGUCUUGAUUUCGCCGAUGUGCAACACGUUAUCAAUUAUGAUAUGCCGGAUGAUGUAGAAAAUUAUGUGCACAGGAUAGGACGAACCGGUCGUUCUGGACGUACCGGUAUAGCGACGACUUUUAUCAAUAAAGCGAACGAUGAGUCAGUAUUACUUGAUCUUAAACAUCUAUUGAUGGAAGCAAAGCAAAAGGUGCCACCAUUCUUGUUGGAGCUUUGCUCAGAAAACGAAAAAUAUCUGAACCUUGGAGACGAACGCGGUUGCAGUUAUUGCGGCGGGCUCGGACACAGAAUUACAGAGUGUCCGAAACUGGAAGCUGUGCAGAACAAACAGGCGUCCAAUAUCGGACGUCGCGAUUAUCUGGCCAGCAAUGCUGCUGAUUAUUAAACAGCACGUCUUAAAUAAAACAGUUUCUAUGGCCGGUAUUCAUAGUCCGAUCUUAUAUUUAAGAUUGUCUUAAGUCUGGUCCGAAGUUGACUUAAGACCUCAUUCAACCAAUCAAAUAGCUGCGUAGCAUUUCAAGCUCGAACUUAAG